ACGGCUCUCACAGCUCCAGUGGCAAGGAAACACACCCGUCAGCAGCCCGCACUGGAGACAAAAAAAAGCGCAUCACGGACAAAGAAAAUAUGGGUGCGCUGGAGAGGAUUCGCCACCACCGGUUCCGACAAUGGAUGAGCCGCUUCUGUUUCAUUCAGCCGGAGUUCAUUUAGCCCACCUUAAUGAGGUGCUGGGAGGCGAGGUACUGCAAGCUAAAAAGGCGGAAGGCUGCGUUUAAUCCGUCUGCGGAUCCUAUGAGUUUGCAAUGGCUGUCGCGGGGAUAUGCCACCGGCUAGGGAGUCAUGUGCCUUUUUAUUAUUUUGUGAUAUUCUCCUUAUUUUGUGGCCUUUCGUGCGGACAGUUGCGCUAUUCUGUUACGGAAGAACUGGAAAAUGGGGCACUGGUUGGCGAUCUGGCGCAUGACUUGGGGCUGGAUAUUCGAAAGCUGGCCAGCCGAAAAAUCAAGGUAACGUCCAGCAGCAGCAGUAAGCGCUACGUGAUUGUCAACCCCAAAAACGGCAAGUUGCUUGUUAAUGAGAGGAUGGACAGGGAGGCGCUGUGCGAUUCAUCCAGCAGCUGCCUCAUCAACCUGGAGGUUCUGGUGGAAAAUCCCACUGAGGUGCACCAUGUUGAGGUGGAGAUAGUGGACGCCAAUGAUAAUGCGCCACAGUUCCCUCGGGACGAGUACCAGGUCGAAAUCACAGAAUCUGCGUUGCCAGGGUCUAGGUACCCGAUUGAAAAUGCCCAGGAUCCUGACAUUGGCUCGAACGCAGUUCGCAUAUAUCAGCUGAGCACAAAUGACCAUUUUGCGCUGGUAUCGAACAAACCCUCCUUGAAUACAAAGCACAUCGAGCUCGUGCUCAAGAAGCCUCUUGACCGGGAGCAAACGCCUUACCACCAGUUAAUUUUGAGCGCCGUUGACGGCGGGACACCUGAGAAAACGGGCACCGCCAAAAUCAACGUGCGAGUCCUGGAUUCAAACGACAACGUCCCCAUGUUCGACAACUCCGUGUACAAGGUGAAACUGUUGGAAAAUUCGCCCAAAGACACCCUGGUGAUCAAACUGAAUGCGACGGAUCUGGACGAGGGCACGAAUGGCGAGGUGUACUACUCUUUCAGCAGCUACACCCCUGAGAGAGUGAGGCAGAUGUUCAGCAUGGACACCAACACAGGAGAAAUACGAGUCAGGAGCAAUGUUGACUACGAAGAGACCAACUCGUACGAGAUGUACAUCCAAGCUAUGGACAAAGGUCCAGGGGCGGUGGCGGCACACUGUAAGGUGGUGGUAGAGGUGGUGGAUGUGAACGACAACGUCCCUCAGAUUGUGCUGUCAUCCCUGUCGAGCCCCGUGAGGGAGGACGCUCGAGCCGACACAGUCGUUGCUCUCAUUAGCGUCACCGAUCGGGACUCUGGCGCCAACAAGCAGGUGACUUUAGAGAUCCCAGCAGGCCUUCCUUUCAAGAUCAAGUCAUUCAGAAACUACUACACCCUGGUUACCUCAGCCUUCUUGGACCGCGAGACCGUUGAUGCCUACAAUGUCACGCUGAGUGCCACAGACGGAGGAAACCCUCCCCUCUCCUCUCAGAAGACCAUCCAGGUAGACGUGGCUGACGUCAAUGACAACCCACCCCGCUUUGAGCAGACAUCAUACACGGUCUAUGUGACAGAGAACAACGGCCCCGGGGCCUCUUUGUGUACCGUGAAAGCUCAAGACGCAGACAUCAAAGAGAAUGCACGCAUCACCUACACGGUGCUCAAUGACAACAACCACGGCAUUCCCGUCACCUCGUACGUGUCCGUAAAGGCCGAUACCGGGGAGGCUUAUGCCCUGCGAGCCUUCGACUAUGAAUCACUUAGAGAGUUUCACUUCCAGGUCAAAGCCCAAGAUGGGGGCAUUCCCCCGCUUAGUCGCGUCGCCACCGUCUACAUCUACAUCAUGGAUCAGAAUGACCACGCGCCACUCAUCGUCAAACCUCCGGGUAAUGGUACACGCUCCUUGGAGACGGUUCUCAAGAACGCAGAGCCCGGCGCCUUGGUAACCAAAGUGGUGGCGUAUGAUGCGGAUGCGGGUCCAAACGCCUGGCUCGUGUACGUGUUGGAGACGGCCACUGACCUGGACUUGUUCAAGGUGCACGAACACACAGGUGAGAUCAGGACCACCCGUAGGAUCCUGGAAGACAACUCCACCUCCUUUGCUCUAACGGUUUUGGUGAAGGACCACGGACAUCCUGCGCUCUCCUCCACCGCCACCAUCAAUGUGGCUGUCGUUGAGGUGACCACCAAGGUGGUCCUUGACCCCAAGAAGAUCAUCAGGCCCCACAGUACGCUGCUUUUCUCAAACGUGACCCUCUACUUGAUUGUUGCUCUGAGCGCCACCACCUUUGUUUUCCUGGUCACCGUGGUGGUGCUGGCAAUUGUCCGCUGCCACGCCUAUUGCACGCAACCGGGGUCUUGCUCCCCUUGCUGUGGGUCACAGAAGCCCCCUCCGGAUGGUGGCAACAGUAGCGUGAGUGCCGGUGGCCCUGGCGGCGGAGCCGCGGGACAACCGAAUAACAAUGUGGUGCUCAGGAGGGACCUUAAAGUCGAGCCUCACUACAUUGAAGUGCGUGGAAAUGGCUCACUAACAAAGACUUACUGCUACAAGACCUGCUUGACAGCCACCUCUGGCAGUGACACCUUCAUGUUCUACAACACAGGACGGCCCAUCAGUGGCACCUGGGGCAGCGGCGCUGACCGCUUCUUCACAAGUGGAAGUGGAUUUGUACGCAGACUGAGCAUGCCUGAUGCCUCGCUGCAAAUCUGCCCAGAGCCAAAAGCCCCAAACGCUGACUGGCGAUAUUCUGCAUCAUUGAGGGCGGGGGUCCAGAGUUCGGUCCACAUGGAGGAGGCUUCUGUGAUGCAGGGCGCCCAAGGCAUGCUGGUCCAGAACUGGCCCACCGUGUCCAGUGCUGCUGAUGGAGAGGGUGGUGGAGAACUGUCACCCCCAGUAGGCGCCGGUGUCAACAGCAACAGCUGGCACUUCCGAUACGGCGCCGGACAAAGCUAUGGCCCGCCGCAGGCGCUGAAGCCCGGAGAGAUUCCUCCCGAAGCCUUCAUCAUCCCCGGAUCCCCUGCCAUCAUUUCCAUCCGCCAUGAUCCCGGCCCUGUUGACGAUAAAGGUGACUUCAUAAGCUUUGGCAAGAAGGACGACGCUAAGAAGAAGAAAAAGAAGAAGAAGGAUAAGAAGGAAAAGAAGGAUAAAGGAAAAGAUGAUGGAGCGGAAGAGUGAAAGAGGGGUGAUUUCAAGCUAAUAUCAAGAUGCCAUCCUGAUUACAGAGCCAGAAAAAAAAGCCAAAUCAGUAUCGUCUUUGCACCAUAUGCAUUAAAUGCCAUAUUUACACUGUGCUGUUGCCAAUCAGGCAUCCGGCCCAGCUUGGCUCUCUGCAGCAAGCAAACCUGCUAAACAAACGCUUUUCUCUUUACGGCUCAUUUGGCCUUCAACUUUAACCAGUAGAAGUUCAUUCUAUUCAAAUGUACAUUUUAAAGGCAUUUUAUGGGCUUAGUAUACACCCCGCAAAUUUCUUCCCCCCGCCCAACUUUGUAUAAUGAAAACCAAAACGCCAAAAAAAAAAAGAACGUAGAAAAGAGCAAUUUGUAUUUGACGAUUGCCAGCAAACGAUGCCUGCGUUGGCAUCUCGGCAAUUAUGCACCACACUUUCAGCCAAACUGAAAAAUGUGACUUUUUUUUGUUGUUUUCAGGAAUAUGUAGGCAUCAGUGAAAUUCAGCAAAUGUGGUGUUUUGUAAAAAAAAAACAAUGAAAAAAACAAGAAACAACAUGUGGACCAUGAGAUUAGCACCUUAAGAGAACAAGGUGGCUGAGACAAGCGAGACGACCGUUCAGCUCUCCUUCAGUGUAACGGCACAUUGCAGGGGUUAAGGAUCUACACUGGGUUGCACCAACUAUGCGAAGGUUUGUUCCCAGGUUCAAUUUGUGGCGUCGCAGCUUGUUAGAAAACUGCAAGAUUUGAUUGUACUAUAUACUUAGUCACAGAAAUUUAUUUUGCCUGUCAUCUCCAAUCCCUAUGUGAGACAAGAACACGUCUUUCACGUUAUUGUGCAAUCUACGGUAGAUAGCCGCCUCGUGCUGGCAGUUUUUCCACUAACAAUGCGGGUAAUUAAAAAAAAGCAUCCAAAAACCUCCAACAACGUCUUAUAUCCAUGCUGUGACCAUGCCACAGCAGGAUAAAAUGGAAUACUUAUUAGUAUUUUGGUCAUUUUUAGCAUUACCGACCUCAUCGAUUUCACGGAUAGCAACUAAUGUUACUUCCCUCCGAAACAGCAUAGAGAGCGCAUUCUGUGUUGGCUACUGCUAAUCAUGGCAGACUUUAUGAGUAACACCACCGACGACUACUUUAGGAAAAAUGAGGAUCCAGAGCCUUAUCAUUUUCCUUAUCACGAGCUGCAGCUUUUAGAAGCUGAGUGGGCAAAAAGAAAGGGUGACAUCUCGGAGCAGAUGGGGGCCAAGAGAGUCAGGACCGGCAUGACUUGGCACAGUCAUGCUCGGCAGAAAUUGAGUGUUUUUGCUGCACUGAGUGCUACACAGUGUUACCAUCGAUGGAAAGGCUUCGUGUGUCUGGCGAGGAGGACACUGCUCCAAGAGACUGUAUCACAGCCAAGGAAGAAUUGUUAGUGAUGACAAACCCUGCAGUGGUAGAAACUUUUUUCCACUUACCCAAAAUCAACUGGAAAAGACGCCCCAGGCCAGCUGGACCAGAUGGUGUAAGCUCCUACGGUUUGUGGAUAUUUUUUUAGAGGGCUUUAUAGAUACAGUAUAUAUCUAGAACGCAAAGAAAAGGAAAAGACGUGUUCUUGUUUGACAUAAGGAUUGUGGAUGAUGGGCAAAAUUUUUUUAAAAAGUGCAGUUUUCUUUUAAGGGACAUUCCAUGGCUGCAGCUAGGUUUAGCAUGAAGAUGAUAAAUAAAUAUGAAAUCUGUUUACUAGUUACAGUAGACAUUGGUUGACGAUAAGAGUCGUUAUCGACCUGCAAAGGAUGAAACCAUGACGUUAAAUAUAAGUUUUUGUAUUUUUCUAAUUCCGUCCUCUGCAACACGCUUGUCCAUUUUAAAGUACACCAUUGUACAUGGGCAAGCUGCCAUUUAGCUCAAGGUGGGUGUAUGUUACGUCGAAACAAAUGCAGUCUGUACAUGCUCAGUCUUGAAUGACAACUUCAUGGUCUUAGGAAAACGGAUAUACACAAAAAGUACUAGUCGUUUGUAGAAACGGUUGAGAAACAUUCGAAAUAUCCGCUGUAGUCCUUUAGAGAUAUAAUGUAAAUGGUUUAAAAAAAAGGAGAAACACAAUUUAAUAUUAGUGAGUACAAUUGUGUGACUUGGUGUCAUUUGCACCGGCUUUAUUGUUCGCUUAACUAUUUUCUUGUUGCCGCUUGUACUCUAGUGAUGCAGUGUAACUCGGGAGCAUUCAGUGUGUGCAGCUGAUGCAACCGCCACCUGACCAUUUGCCUCUUUUCUUGGACUACGGCAAAGCUCUCCUGGGGUCUCAAUCCAGCUGUGCACCAGCAUCCCCCCAAUCGAGAAACAAACACCGACUCUCCAACUUACACAAACAUGGGACGCUACUUUCCCCCGCAUACGCUCCAAGACUGAUGGACAAUGGCGUUCUUGCUGAUGAGAGUGCAUUAUACGGCUGUAUAGUGGGAACGUUGCUUGUUCAAGCCUGAUCCCUCUACUUCUGUCUUUGAAUGUUUAAGUAGAUGUUCUUCAAGCCCAUUGCCACCGCCUCAACUGCUUCAGUGCUUGUAGGACGUGCGUGCCCGCUGCUUGUCUGCCCUCUCCUAGUCCCAUCCACCCAAAUCGACAGUCGGGAAUACCAUCUGUCCUGGGAAGUCACUCCCCUUACAUGGACUGUCACUGUCAUGUCUUUGCAUAUUCAUAAACAGACGACACACUCAUCAAACAUACACACCUUUGCGACGUUUGCUUAAUGUUAAUAGGCGCUUUGUGUGGCUGUUCGGCCAAUCUGAGGCUUUUCGUUUGACGCACUUGAUUGCAGGAAAAAAUAUAACAAUAUAAUAAUCCAUCCAUCUUUCUCUGAGGUUGGGUCGCGGGUGCAGCAACCUAAGCAGGGAACACCAGACUCCCAUCUCCCUGGCUACUUUGUCCAGCUCCUACCGGGGAUCCCGAGGCAUUCCCAGGCCAGUUGAGAGACAGUCUCUCCAACGUGUCCUGGGUCUUCCCCGAGGCCUCCUACCGGUCGGACGUGCCCUGAACACUUCCCCAAGGAGGUGUCCGGGAGGGAUCCUAACCAGAUGCCCGAGCCACCUCAUCUGGCUCCUCUUUACUUAUAGUUUUUCCCGGACGACCGUGCUUCUCACCUUAUCUCUAAGGGAGAACCCAGGCACCCUAUGGGAAAACAUAUUUGGGCAACUAGUACCUGCCAAUUUGUCCUUUCGGUCACUACUCAAAGCUCAUGACCAUCGGUGAGGGUAGGAAUGUAGAUUGACUGGUGAGAGCUGAGCCAAAAGCCCAAGCUCUCAAUUUAGCGGUUGAUCUAUGUCCCUACGCUCACCUACAUUCAUGUAAAACGGUAACAAAUGGGAUGAAACACAGCAGUUUAGUAAUGUUUGCAGCUUUCCACUGUUUGAUGAAAGGCAUUUAUCGUUUUCCCAACGAUGGUUCGAGAUGGUGCAAUCAUUAGUGAGGUCAAAACACAGGCAAAUAAAUCAAAAUUUACAUUUGCUUCAUUAUUGCAAAUAAGCAGGAGGUGUUUUCUUUUAGAGAUGUCCCGAUCCCGCAUGCCUUAUUUUAUUGAGUGGAGCUCGGAAGAUGCGUCCACCCGAUGCUUUGUUAUUGCAGCAGGCCGGAAAGUAAACUGUAGUGUUAGUAGUUGCCAUGUGGAGGUACGUCUGUAUUGAAAAAGGAAAAUAUGUCUGCAAAAUGACAAUUUCAAGGGAUGGACUAGCAGGACUGCACUCAAUACCACAAAUUGAAUCUGUUAUCUGAGGACCAAACAUAAAACCGAGUCAGAAGAGGUGAGCAAGGCCACAGAAGAAAAGGCUGCUAUGCCAGAGCAGAAAGACAAAUAUCCAAAAGAGUGCGAAAGGUGCCGGACAGGUUGUCAAAUUUAAGGCUUGGGAUGACCAGCCUAUCGCCAUCGUGGCUCGUGGGGUUUGGCGGUUUUUGUGAAUGUCCGGAUCCACUCGUGUUCUGCCAUCACAACACAACAAAAACAUGUUCAGUUCCAUAAUUUAUAAUAACAUUGCCAAAGUUCAGAUCGGAGACCAAAAAUGCUGAUCGGGACAUCCCUAGUUUUUUAAUAAGCAGUCCGUGAAGAAGCCACAGUGGCUCGUUGCUAACAUUAUUUUGCUCAAAUUUUUGAGAAAUCCCGUUUGAGCGUUCAGGCAUUGGCACUGGAAGUUUCUCACCUCAAUUUAUUUUAGAACCACCCUUUUUCCGGUCUCUGUCGGUGCUCAACUCCAACCGUGCUCACACGUCCUUGACCCUGCCCGUCUGUCUGUCCGUCCGUCAGAUGUACUCCUGUGCUGUCAGAUCACCAAGUGGCUGUUUGCAUGUUAUAAAGCAAAGGAAACAGAUAUUAUAUAAAUACUAUAUAUACCUAAAUAUGUUUUAUUUCACCGGUAAAUGUGUACUGAAACCACAAAUCUGCGCUACACAUCGAUCCGCACUGAAACUCCAACAGUACCGCAAUUUGUGGCAAAUCCUAAGAGUAUCACAUUUUUUUACUCCUGUAAAAUCCAAUCUUCUAUAUAUACAUCAUGCUUUUGUGUUACGCUAUGAAAUGCCUUUUUGUUUUGUUUUUUUUUACACAUUUGAUUUUCAUAGAUAAGAAAAUCAACCCUUAAACUUGUGUUAAGCUUUGAAAUGAACAAACAAACACUAUUGUGAACUCAUGUACACACACCCAAUAUCUAUUCCUUGCUUAAUAGAGACAAAAAUGUAAAAAAAAGAAAUUAAAAAAAGACCCAAAAAAAUCAAAAUAGAUAAAAAGUACGAAAAAAAAAGUCGAUGUAUUCGCUGCUUGUGUAUAGUGAAUGUUUGUCGGUCACUGGGUGUGGCAGUGGGUGGCACAUGCUAGUCGACUGUGACAGUGCAGAUCUGUUCAUAAACUUCUUUUGUACACCUGCUUAUUGUUGAGGUGAUAAUAGUGCUUCUAAUGAGUUCAACCUGGUAAUGUGUUUUGUUAAUAAGUCACAAAUAAAGUUUUUUCUUAAAUAUCUCAAAA